AUUCAACUGCUUCAGUCAAGUUCUGAUACACAUAGCACGAGCAGUAAACAGAAAGAGCAAAAGAAAAAUUCAAAGCAUUGAUGAUUUAGUUGACGACCGAAUGCAUGGUGCUUAAUGAAUUGCAACAACUCAUCAUAACAAUCAUUGGCACUUCCUUAUAAAUAUGUUGUCAGCUUUAUGCAAUGUGUUUCUCAUCACUUCCUCACACUUUCUCUCUCUCUCUCUCUUUGCUUUGUUGUUUUCUAUCCUCCAAGGAACUCUCUUUUCUCCUCUUUCUCUCUCUGUCUCCGUCUAAAUCUGAUGUUGGACCAGUAGAAAGAACCGCGACAAAUCUCUGGCAUUGGAGUGUAGAUCUUAUCUAUCACUGUGUUGGGAUUUGUGUUUGUGCUUGGACUUUGACCCUGUGUGGUACUACAACUCACUUCCAUAUUGGUUCUUACAUUUUCUUUUCCAUGGUUUAGAAGGAAUCAUCUGAAAAGGAAUUCCAACCCAGAAAUAUUGUUGUACUUUUUUCUGGGUAUUCGUUGAGUUAGGCGGAAUUAUGACGGGUUAUUCUUCAAGAUUCUAUCUUGUUUUUAUUUUGUCCAUUUGUGGAGUGUUGGCUUCCCCCAUUGAAGAUCAGAAGAGAGAUAGAAUUACCCAGUUGCCAGGACAGCCAAAGAAUGUGGGGUUUGCUCAGUAUUCUGGCUAUGUGACUGUGAAUGAGCAAAGUGGGAGAGCACUGUUUUACUGGUUGGUGGAGGCACCGGUGAGUCGUGGACCAAAGUCAAGGCCACUGGUUUUGUGGCUCAAUGGUGGCCCCGGUUGUUCCUCUAUUGCUUAUGGUGCAUCUGAAGAAAUUGGUCCUUUUCACAUUAGACCUGAUGGCAGGUCGCUUUACUUCAACCCUUAUGCUUGGAACAAGUUGGCAAAUAUACUGUUCCUUGAUUCUCCUGCUGGUGUUGGUUUUUCAUAUUCGAAUAAAACAACGGAUCUGUAUACAUUUGGUGACCAGAAAACAGCUGAAGAUGCAUAUGCUUUUCUUGUUAAUUGGUUUGAAAGAUUUCCUCAGUAUAAGCAUAGAGAAUUCUACAUUGCUGGAGAGAGUUAUGCAGGUCAUUACGUUCCUCAGUUGGGUCAAAUUGUGUAUCAGAAAAAUAAGGGAAUCCAGAAUCCAGUCAUAAAUUUUAAGGGAUUUAUGGUUGGUAAUGCUGUUACUGAUGAUUAUCAUGAUUAUGUUGGCACUUUUGAAUAUUGGUGGACCCAUGGUUUGGUUUCAGAUUCCACGUAUAGGAUGCUAAAAACUGCCUGCAAUUUUGGGUCCUCUCAGCAUCCAUCAGUGCAAUGCAUGCAGGCUCUAAGAGUUGCAACUAUGGAGCAGGGAAACAUUGAUCCAUACAGCAUUUAUACUCAGCCUUGUAACAACACAGCAUCACUCAGACGCGGCUUGAAGGGUCGCUAUCCAUGGAUGUCUCGAGCAUAUGAUCCCUGUACUGAAAGGUAUUCUGAUUUGUAUUUCAACCGUCCAGAAGUUCAGAAGGCAUUUCAUGCCAAUGUAACUGGAAUUCCUUAUGCAUGGAAAGCAUGCGGUGAUAUUGUUGGGAACUAUUGGACUGAUUCUCCAUUAUCUAUGCUUCCUAUAUAUCAAGAACUUAUUAGUGCUGGUGUCCGAAUAUGGGUUUACAGUGGAGACACUGAUGCUGUGGUUCCAGUGACAGCUACUAGAUAUUCAAUUGAUGCCUUGAAGCUACCUACCAUCAUCAAUUGGUACCCUUGGUAUGAUAGUGGCAAGGUUGGUGGUUGGAGUCAAGUUUAUAAAGGGUUGACAAUGGUUACAGUAAGAGGUGCUGGACACGAGGUUCCUCUUCAUAGGCCCCGACAAGCAUUCAUUCUUUUUAGUUCAUUCUUGCAGAACAAGUCCAUGCCAACAACAAGUUAGACAUUUGUUCAUUACCACUUAAUCAAUAUUCACACAACUAUAGCAACAUAAGUACCACCAUUCUUGCACUUAGGCCAAGAAUAGUUGCCAGAAUAAGGAAUUCAAUCCUCAUGAGUUCACACUUGGUUUCUCUGCGUAGAAAAUUGAUAAAUUUACCAACAGUAGUUCUUCUACUUCUAUUUCUUUGUGAAAAUGUGAUUAUUUGUACGAAAUGCUAUUCUUUAUAUUGUUUUAGUUAUCCAAGACCAAUGCCAUAUCUUGUAUAUUCAAAGGAUGUUGUUCUUCUAGUAAUAAAAAUUUCUUAUACUACCA